GUGGCUGCUUAUGCAUAGAGUUAAAGUACACCCAAGGGAUUGGUUCCAUUGCUUUCACUUUAUUCAUUUGGAAAGAGACUCUGAAGGAUGUGGGGAUGGGCCUUCCUCCCCAUCUUGCUGGCAGUCAGUGCAGCAGGAGGUUGCUGGGCAGUGUUUGGAAUGGCGGUGGUAAAUGGUUCUGUGAACAUUACUGUGGAAUUCCCCUACAUCAGUGUUUGUGGGGCUGAACCACCCCAGAGCUGCAUUUUUGGCCAAGUGAUGAACGUCGGGUCUUUUCUGGUUAUCUGGGUUUGUGUCAUCAGGUACCAACAAGUCAUCGACUAUGGAUACCAGUCGGCGCUGAAUAUUGUCAGCCUGGUGGCUGGCUGCUUGUGUGCAAUUGGAGGCUCCCUGGUGGGAAAUUUCCAGACUGUCAACCAAAUUCACGUCCACCUGGUGGGAGCCUUUCUCGCCUUCUUUAUUGGCAAUCUCUACUUCUGGCUGCAAGUGGGACUGACCUACAAGAUCACACCCAGGCGCGGAGGCAAGUGGAUCGGGUUGGUUCGGAUAGGCUCCUGCCUCAUAUGCUCAGCUUGCCUCAUCCUGUUGCCGAUGCUACAUUUCUGGAAGAGGAGAACGGCAGCAGCCAUUUGCGAGUGGAUAGCUGCCAUGGUCCUGCUCCUUCUCUUUGGGCUCUUUGCUGUGGAUUUCCGGCACAUUGAUGGCCAGUGCUUCCACGUCAUUCGGGAAAAGGCCAGGAUCCAGAAUUCAACCACCACGCUGGAAUUAUAGCAAGCAACAGCUGUCAUGGACUGCAGUACCGACUCUAAAAGAAAAUAAAGAGCGCCUCGUCAAGUUGACCGGUCUCGUUCGCCGCUCUUUGGGCUGUUAAGGUGAUUUCCGCGCUCCUACCAUGAUGCUUGAUUACAUUAAAAAGGUGCUGCAUAAAUGCACGUUGUUGGAGUGUAAACAUUGAACAGUUGACCUCAGGCAUUCGAGGGAUCUGAGAAGUUGAAGGAAAAGGAGUGACCCGUAUUGUGAACACACAUCUCCCUGGUUUUAACCAACUCUGUGGCCAUGAUGUGGAGGCACCGGUGUUGGACUGGGAUGGAUAAAGUCAGAAG